UUAGCCCUCUUUUAGUGCCGCUGCACCGCAGGUUGGAGUCUGACAGCAGGUUUCACAUUCCCGAUCAUGUCCGGCAGAGGGAAAACCGGUGGGAAAGCCCGCGCCAAAGCCAAGUCCCGGUCCUCCCGCGCAGGGCUGCAGUUCCCCGUCGGACGCGUGCACCGGUUACUGCGCAAAGGCAACUACGCGGAGCGGGUCGGCGCCGGGGCGCCGGUGUACCUGGCCGCCGUGCUGGAGUACCUGACCGCCGAGAUCCUGGAGCUGGCCGGCAACGCCGCCAGAGACAACAAGAAGACCCGCAUCAUCCCCCGCCACCUCCAGCUGGCGGUGCGCAACGACGAGGAGCUGAACAAGCUGCUCGGCGGGGUCACCAUCGCGCAGGGGGGGGUGCUGCCCAACAUCCAGGCCGUCCUCCUGCCGAAGAAGACCGAGAAACCGGCCAAGAGCAAGUAGACCCCCCCGCCCGGCUGCAAGAGCAAGUAGACCCCGCCCGGGGGCGACGAAACACGGCGGCUUCUGUACGAGCCCGCCAUUUCAUGUCGUCUUUUCUCUUCUUUUGUUUUGAAACGGCAGCCCAGGAGUGGCUGCGGGAAACGGGACAGUGCUUUCGUGUUAUCGUUUCUAGUUAUCGGUUCUGGUCUGGACUCUUCAUAGACUGAAUAUCUACCAUGUACCUCUUAUGAUUUCGCGGCGAGUUCGACUCCGUGUGUUCUGGGCUCUGGAGAAUGGCGAGCCUUUUGUUUGAGGGCGGGGCGCGUCGCGUCGCCGCCGAGUGUUCAUCGUAAUACGGACCAAGUGGGGGGGGUUUGUUGGGUGGUGCUGCUGCUGCUGCUGCUGUUGUAUAGUAAACGUGCUACAUAACUGUAUUGUCAUGUCUCAAUAAACGUUGUUUGUGGUACAGGGCGAGCACACGGCCUCCCCGUUGUGUUGUGGUCAUCCGGGAACUUUCCGACCCGCCAGCCUUCUGCUGCUGCCGCACGCGCACUAACAAAGGGCACAGAGGCGCGCGACGUGUUUGCGUAGCGUCGACGUGAUCAGCCCGAUAGUCACGUGUCCGCUUAUCGCCGGUUAGAGACGAGAACCAGGGGUCUCGGUCUGCCGCGGUUAAGGACGAGAACCGGGGGGCUCGGUCUGCCGCGGUUAAAGACGAGAACCGGGGGUCUCGGUCUGCCCCGGUUAAGGACGAGAACCGGGGGUCUCGGUCUGCCGCGGUUAAGGACGAGAACCGGGGGUCUCGGUCUGCCCCGGUUAAGGACGAGAACCGGGGGUCUCGGUCUGCCGCGGUUAAGGACGAGAACCGGGGGUCUCGGUCUGCCGCGGUUAAGGACGAGAACCGGGGGGCUCGGUCUGCCCCGGUUAGAGACGAGAACCAGGGGGUCUCGGUCUGCCGCGGUUAGGGACGAGAAC